AUGACGACGUCGGCACCUCCAGAGGACCAGGCUCGCCUGCUUGAGGAUGCCUUGGUAGCUGUGCGGCAGCAGACAUCCCUCAUGCGCAAAUGCCUCGACACUCCUGGAAAGCUCAUGGAUGCUCUCAAAUGCUGCUCUACCUUGGUCUCGGAGCUUCGCACGAGCAGUCUCGGCCCUAAGCAAUAUUAUGAAUUAUACAUGGCUGUCUUUGACGCUUUGCGCUAUCUAUCAGUCCACCUCCGAGAAAGCCACCCCGUCAAUCACCUUGCCGAUCUAUACGAAUUGGUCCAAUAUGCCGGCAACAUCAUUCCCAGACUAUAUCUCAUGAUUACGGUCGGCACGGCGUACAUGUCAAUUGAAGACGCGCCGGUCAAGGAGCUUAUGAAGGAUAUGAUGGACAUGAGCCGCGGUGUUCAGCACCCAAUUCGCGGAUUGUUUUUGCGAUACUAUCUCUCGGGCCAAGUACGCGACUUUUUACCGACUUCUGACAGUGAAGGUCCGGAGGGUAACCUGGGCGACUCUAUCAACUUUAUCUUGACCAACUUCGUGGAAAUGAACAAGUUAUGGGUACGCCUUCAGCAUCAGGGCCACUCAAGAGAGCGAGAACAGCGCAUUCGGGAACGAAAGGAACUACAACUCCUUGUGGGAAGCAAUAUUGUGCGAUUGAGUCAGCUAGUCGAUCUUGAGACAUACAAAACCAGUAUCCUCGGGCCAUUAUUGGAGCAGGUGGUUCAGUGCCGCGAUGUCCUUGCUCAAGAGUACCUUCUCGAGGUCAUCACGCAAGUCUUCCCAGACGAGUUCCACCUCCAUACCCUCGACCAAUUUCUUGGUGCUGUAUCGCGCUUGAACCCUCACGUUAACGUUAAAGUCAUUGUUAUCGGACUGAUGGACCGCCUGUCCGAAUAUGCCGACCGAGAAGGAUCAAAGGAUAAAGGGCCUGAGCAAGAAAAGAUUGAAGCAGACGCUCUAGCAUCACUUUUGGAGAAGGUUAAGCUGAAGGAUGCAUCCCCUACCUCUGAAGGCGUGCCGAAGCCGAGCAUCAUCUCACAAGAAGAUGAGGAUAAGCAAAGAGACGGUGGUGAUGAUAGGCUCAAGCAUGAAAGCCAGGGUGGAAUAACAACUGAAGAUGAAGCAAGCACUGUCGCUGAGUCAACAGCGCCGUCGAACGCUGAAACCGAAACUACAGCCAUUAAUGGUCAAGACUCGGCCGGCGCCAACGUUCAGCUCUACGAAAUCUUUUUCACGCAGGUAAAAAAUCUGGUGGAGGCCCAGCAUUUGCCCAUCCAAGAUAUCAUUGCUCUACUAGUUUCUCUCUGUAAUCUUGCUCUAAACAACUACCCCGAUCGACUGGAUUAUGUGGACCAGAUUCUUGCGUAUGCCGCACAAAAGACGAGAGAGAAUAUUAACAAUGCCGACUUACAUUCUCCUGGCGCUCAGCAGAGUCUCUUAGCUCUACUACAAGCGCCGUUAACACGAUACGUAUCCAUAUUCACGGCCCUUUCCCUUCCCACUUACGUCCCUCUCUUCCAGUGCCAGUCGUAUCCCACACGCCGUGCCGUGGCUGGUGGAAUCAUCAGAACGCUCUUGAAGGAUCAGAUAAAGAUCACCAAGACUGAACAACUAGAAAACGUUUUGGAGAUCAUGUCGGUCCUCGUCAAAGAGGGGUCCCAAGCACCGCAAGGCUAUCCUGUUGCGUCACAACGUCGCCCGGUGGAAACGGACGAAACCAUGGAGGAACAAGGCUGGCUGGCUCGAAUGGUUCAUUUGCUACAAGCGGAACACAACGACACCCAGUUCAAACUAUUGCAAAUGACGCGCAAGGCAUACGGCGAGGGCAACGAUCGCAUUCGAACCACUACCCCGCCACUAAUAACCGCUUGCAUUAAGCUUGCCAGAAGACUCAAGGCUAGAGAACACUACGACGAUAAUUGGGAGACGCAGAGCAAUGCUCUGUACAAAUUUACUCAUUCAGCACUAAGCACUCUGUAUACUCGUGUGAAUGGGCCUGGCAUUGCUGAACUGUCUCUUCGUUUGUUCUGUAGCGCUGGACAGACAGCUGACAUGACGGGCUUCGAGGAGGUGGCAUAUGAGUUCUACGCCCAGGCAUUUACGGUCUAUGAGGAAGCAGUGACAGAUUCUAAGGCUCAGUUUCAGGCGGUCUGUGUUAUCGCCUCAUCUCUUCACCAAACGCGGAAUUUCGGCAAGGAGAAUUACGACACUCUCAUAACCAAAUGCGCGCAGCAUGGUAGCAAAUUGUUGCGAAAGCCUGAUCAAUGCCGGGCUGUUUACCUAGCGAGCCAUCUUUGGUGGGCUACUCCGAUCACAUCCAAUGGCGAGUCGGAAGAAACAGAGCUGUACCGCGAUGGUAAGCGAGUACUGGAAUGUUUGCAACGGGCUCUCCGUGUAGCGGAUUCGUGCAUGGAAACUGCAACCUCGAUUGAGCUCUUUGUCGAGAUUCUGGACAGAUAUGUCUACUAUUUUGAUCAACAGAAUGAAUCGGUAAGAGGGCCCAGCGAACGACUCGUGGUGAACAAAGCUGACAUAUGGUUGCACUAG